AUGAACCUCCGUGUUCUUAUUCUAUGCGGUUGCAAAAAGCUGAAAAUUUUACCGGCAACAAUAGGAAAGCUCAGCCAACUCCAAGUGUUGGACAUAAUGCGUUGUACAGCUAUUAAGGAGCUGGAUUCUGGGCUUGCUGAGCUCACUAAUCUAAGAUUUCUCAGUUUUUCUGGGAUGUCUGGACUUGAGAGACUCCCAACUGGUUUAUUAUGUAGUUUGGUUAAUUUGGAGUACUUCGAGUAUAUCGAUAUAGAUGAAGAUGUUAUCGAUUGCGAUUGGGUUGAGUUGUUUGCAAAUAGAUUGAGAUGGUUGGGGUUAGAGGAUUGUACUCUGACAAACCGUGCAUUUGUUGCUUUAGAAGAAUCACAAAGCAUUGAAAUUUUGUAUUUAGUGCAUUGCAAGAUCAUGAAACGUGCCCCUACUCUUUGCUUAAUGGGAUAUCUUAAAAUACGUGGCUCUGAGGAUAUGGAAUGUGUGAUGGUUGAAGAAGAGGUCAAAGAGCGGACCUUCCAAAGCUUAGAGGAGCUGGACCUUGUAGAGUUGCCCGAAUUGGAGAGGAUAUGUGUUGGG